AUGAAUAUAGUGAAUGUUUUGCUUUAUAUUAUGUUAAACAUAAAGAAGAAAUACAUAUUUUGGCCUCGAACUGAUGAAGAGGUAGAACAUGUAAUAAACGGUUUUACUCAUUAUCCAAAUGUUUUGGGUGCUAUUGAUGGUAGCCAGAUAGAUAUAAAAGUCGUGCCACAUACUCAACAUGGCAGUUAUGUUAAUAGAUAUCUUAGACAUUCUAUUAAUGCCAUGGUGAUAUCUACUGCUGAAAAAAUUUUGACUUACGUUUUUAUUGGAUUCCCAGGAUCGGCACAUGAUUCCAGAGUCUUUUCGAACUCAACAUUUAUCCAAAACAUUGCAACACAUGGUUCGCAGUUCUAUUUUCCUAAUGAAGAAUGUCAUAUAUUAGGAGAUAGUGCAUUUCCAUUAAAAAUGUGGAUGAUGACACCCUAUAAGCGUAGACCAGCUUUAAAUAGAAUUGAAAGACAGCACAACUAUCAUUUGAGUGCUGAUCGUGUUGUGGUCGAACAUAUUUUUGCCCGCAUUAAAGGUCGAUUUAGGAGAGUAAUAUUCAUAAACACCUACUUCAUUAGCAAAGCUAUUGAAAUAACCACUGCUGCAUGCGUUUUACAUAAUUUUUGCUACAUGAAUAAAGAUCAGUGGGAAGAUGAGCUCUAUGAAGAUGUUAACGUACAAGAGUUCAUUGCAGAAGACAAUGAUGAAGAAACUCGAAGAGCACAACUCAAAAGGAACCAAAUAGCUAGAGAAUUAUUAAACAAUGUAUAA